AUGGAUGAUAGAAAUCGCAAAGAGGAGCGCAAGCCUAAAGAUCUAGCCCACCUUGAAGUUGUUAUUUCGCUUGCUUCAAUUCAUACUUCACAAAUGAAUGCCGUGCAUAUACUCUCCGAUCUGGCGGAGUAUCCGGAAUAUUUUGGACCUCUACGCGAAGAGAUCGAAACGGACAAGAACUCGUACUAUAAACUCGAGAAACUCGAUUCUUUCAUGCGUGAGUCGCAACGCAGGAACCCCCCUACCUUGCUCUCCUACCACCGGAUUAUGCAGAAAGACUUCGUCUUACAGGAUGGAACCCUUCUCCCCAAAGAUGCGCACAUCACCGUGGCGGUCGACGAGAUUCAAAAUGACAGCUGUGUCACUCCCGACCCUAUGAGAUUUGACCCGUUUCGGUAUUACAGACUACGGCAAGAAGAUGGCCAUAACCACCUGCAUCAAUUCGCCACGACUGAGCCCAACAUCUUAAACUUCGGUCACAGGAAAUAUGCAUGCCCAGAGCGCUUCUUCGCUGCUCUCGAAAUAAAGACGAUUCUAGUUCGGCUGAUCAUGGACUACGAUUGGAAGCUCCCUGAUGGACAAGGUAGGCCAGAGAAUCUCAAGGCGCACGAGUUCAUUUUUCCAAAUCAGGAAGGCGUUUUGCAGAUGAAGGUUCGAAGACAUUGA